AUGCUUCCAGGUUUCAAUUACGAGUCAUUCUUCACGACCCAAAUUGAGGCCAAAAAGAGAGAUCAAUCAUAUCGCUAUUUCAAAAACAUUAAUCGCCUCGUCACUGGCUUCCCCUGUGCUCACCUGAAGUCAUCUCAAAGUCAAGUGACUGUGUGGUGCUCGAAUGACUACCUGGGAAUGAGCCGCAACUCCAGUGUUCUGAAUACUAUGAGCGAAACAUUGAUGAAGUACGGUGCUGGAGCAGGGGGCGCACGGAAUAUUUCAGGCAACAACCAGCAUGUCGAGCGAAUCGAAGGCACACUGGCCGAGCUGCACCGAAAAGAAGCAGCCUUACUUUUCACAUCAUGCUAUGUGGCGAACGACUCAGCCCUGUCAACAAUUGGCUCUAAACUGCCGGGCUGCGUCAUAUUCUCAGAUAGUAUGAAUCAUGCCUCCAUGAUACAAGGCAUGCAACACUCAAAAGCUCGGGUGAUUGUUUACAGACACAACGACAUGCAAGAUCUAGCUGAGAAGUUAGCAACCGUGGCGAAAGACGUUCCGAAGAUUAUUGCCUUUGAGUCAGUGUAUUCAAUGAGUGGCACUGUGAGCGACAUCCGAACCAUCUGCGAGCUUGCUGAUCAGCACGGGGCUAUUACGUUCCUUGAUGAGGUCCAUGCCGUGGGAAUGUACGGUCCCACUGGUGCUGGUGUUGCUGAACACAUUGACUAUGAGUUCCACCUGAAAGGUUAUAGGGGUAAAACGAUAGUUGAUCGUAUCGACAUCAUCACAGGGACCCUGGGGAAAGCCUACGGUUGUAUUGGUGGUUACAUUGCCGCAAAUUCAAAGGUUGUCGAUUUCGUUCGCUCACUCGCACCGGGCUUCAUCUUUACGACUACGCUCCCGCCUGCAGUCGUGGCUGGCGCUGAAACUUCAGUUGAUUAUCAACGUCGCACGAGCGCUGAUCGCAAACUACAGCAAAUGAUUGUUCGGUCUGUUAAAGAAAAACUUCGUAACAUGGACAUUCCGGUGAUUCCGAAUCCUUCGCAUAUUGUUCCGAUUCUGAUUGGCGACGCCGAACGAGCCAGGCAAGCAUCGGAGAUGCUAUUGGAAGAUUGGGACAUCUACGUGCAAGCCAUCAACUACCCAUCUGUGCCCAAAGGCUUGGAGAGGCUGAGAAUUACUCCCUCUGCAGGACACACAAAAGAGAUGCAACUUCAUCUAUUUGCGGCGCUAGAUGAUGUGUGGAACAAGCUCGGUUUGAGACGGACAAGCGAUUGGCUUUUGUCAACGGAAGGCCAGAACCAAGAACGGAGAAGAACAAUUGAAACCUUGGACACAGAUCCGGAUCCUUUGUGGUCUGACCAAUUACUGACUGAACUAUCUCCGUCCUUGAGAUCGACUCAAUGA